AUGGCGGCGAAGCAGAUGGAAGAGAUACAGAAGAAGCUGGCGCUGCUUAGUUACCCAAGGGCAAAUGCUCCUGCUCAGUCUCUCCUCUUCGCCGGGAUGGAACGCUAUGCUCUUCUCGAAUGGCUCUUCUUCAAGUUAUUAGGUGAUAAAUCUCCGUUCUCACAGCAAAAUCUUCAAGGAGAUGCUGGAGCUCGUGAUGAAGAAACUGUUCGUAUUCAAUAUUUGGCAGAGAUCGCAAAGUUCCUGGGGAUUACACCAACCGUAGAUAUUGAAGCUAUUCAAGGACAUGGAACGUACGAAGAUCGGAUGGAAAUGCUUCGCAAUAUUGUUGAUUUAGUGGAGGCAAGCCUCUUCUCAGAUAAUCCAGAAUGGAGCAUUGAUGAGCAGGUUGCCAAAGAUAUUCAGCUCAUAGAUGCUAUUGCAGAGAGACAGUCGGUGAUAUUUUCUGAGGAAUGCAAACUGUUCCCUGCUGAUGUGCAAAUCCAGUCAAUAUAUCCACUACCGGAUGUUUCUGAACUGGAGACAAAACUUUCAGAGCAGGCCAAGAUUCUCUCUAAUCUUCAGCAGAAAGUCGACGACUUGGCAGCAAAGCAUGCCUACAACCCUGACGAAGAAUAUACUGAAGUGGAAUCUCAACUAAGAGCCCGUUUAGAAUCGUUUCUUGAAACUGCUAGGGCGUUCAAUACAAUCUACACAAAGGAAAUACGUCCAUGGACACAUAUGAUGGAAGUGCCUCAGCUUCAUGGGUUUGGUCCAGCUGCAAACCGUUUACUGGAGGCAUAUAAUAUGCUCUUAAAGUUCCUAGGGAACUUGAAGAACUUGAGAGACUCACACGCAGCACUUUCGAUAGGAUCAUCAGGAACAGUUGCUGGAGAGCCGUCUUCUGUGACGAGAAUCGUAUCCGAGUGUGAAGCUGCGUUAACCGUUCUGAACCGAGAUCUAGGAAUCCUCUCUGCUUCAAUUGCUCGUGAGCAAGGAGAGCGUCUAUAA